GAAAGGCAAAUUGAUUGGAUUGAAUUGGCGCCGAGAGAAAAAAAUGGGUCAGAAAAAUUUUAGAGAUAAGGUGAUGUUUUUUUCUUCAAAAUCCCACUUUGGAAUUGAAAUGAAUGUGAAUCAAUGGCUUCUUGCAUCUUCAACAGUGUAUUUUACAGGUUGAAGACGACCCCCAGCUGUUCAUUUGGCAAAUGGAAUUGGAACUUUGGCAAUGGCAACAAGAAACAAGACAAACCCCAAAUCAAAUACCAUGAUAUUGUUCUUCCAUUCCCUCUUUCUCUCCUUGAAAAAACAUUCUUGAAACGUAAAGAACUCAAAUGCUGCUAUAAGGCCACAUCAGAUGGAUUCAGCGCUACCGAUUUCCACGCGUGUUGCGACUUCAAGGGACCAUGUGUCAUAAUUGGCUACACAGACAAAUCCUUCAAGUUUGGUGCAUUCAAUCCUGAGGGCUACAGAAGCACAGAUGACUACUACGACACUUUUGAUGCAUUCCUCUUCUAUUGGAAAGACAAUGAGGAUGAUGAUCCCAUCAUCUUGCCCAAGGUUGGGGGUAGUGGUGCAGCGCUAUUCGAUUACGCGAGGGGCGGGCCACAGUUUGGGGCUGAUGGAUUGCUCAUUGGCCCUCCUUUGGCACCUGUAAUGGGUGGCUUUGCUGGGCCAGACACGAACUCGGGCGUCGGGGACCUAAGGCAAGCGAGGUCUCGGCUUGGACUAUCUUAUGCCAAGAGAAAAGAUGGGAAGGACUCCAUUUUUGGAGAUGAAAAUAGAGCUGUUGUUGCUGAAGUGCAGGUCUUUUGUAGCCCUCAAAUAGCAAGCUUGUAUUGAAAGUGGAAUGAGCAAGCAGCCUCUAAAGGUGUUUUGCAUUUGAUGGUUAUGUAUAUUCCUAUUGCCAUGGAACUUUGUUCAUUGAUUCUUUGUUCUUACAGAAAUAAUAGUGAAUCGUUCAAAUUAUGAGGACAAAGCCCUAGUUCGUAAACAUAGUAAGAUAAUAUAAUAUAACGUACUAGUUUUAUUUUA